CAGGGCACACGCGUCCACGCCACGGACGCCGCGGCCGCCCCGCACCCCGCGCCGCAACAAAACUCAAAGAAACCGCGUUGUGAACACAAGUGUUGUUAAUUUAACUAAAAACUCCCAAACUAUUUAUAGCUUCUAAUAGUGCAUUCGCUUCGUAGUGGCCUUCCUAUAAAGCUCCGUGUUUACCCAAAAUAUGUAUUAGUAGUGAUUUAACGUGGUAGCCUUAAAAGUAACAAAAUAAAGUAACGAUGUGCCUUAACGCGUAAUAAUUUCGCGGCACCCGGACGGGUGCGCGUGAGUCAUCGAAAUGCAAUGCAUCAGAUUGAUUCUUCUUCUGGUGUUUUGUGUGAUUCCGGAGCCAGUACCGGCCUGGAAAGGUGACAUAGUCAAAGCAUGGGCGAGGACCCUGGGUAGAGAACUAUGGCAACUCAGCGAAGCUCUAACAAAAUCAGACAAAAUUAGGAGUAAAUACACGUUAAUGAACGCGAGCGUGAAGAAGAAAAAUGGAAAACUCAUAUUAGAGUCCUCUCUGCGCUCGGUCAGCACAAUGUUGACAAGAAAAAUUAAAGCUGUUAAGUGCAUUCAUGCAACAGCGCAGAAGCUGGCCAAGGAGUUCAACUACACAAUAACAGAAGACAAGGACUACAAUGACUUCGAUUACUGCUCUGCCAAGUACUCCCGCUUCCAGUACGAAGACCUCGCUGACGUCGCUGAUGAAGAUGAUGAUACCAACAUCCCUAAGUUCGCCAAGAACAACUCCAACUACAUGGAGGUCCAGCUGGAGAAAGACUCGCACUUUUAUGACAUAAGUGUUAAUACUAAUAUAAGCUGUGUACAUGUACCCACAAAUAUUUACUAUAAAGAGAGAGACGCUUUAAAUGCAAUUUUAUGGUCAAAAGGCCUCAACGAAAUAUUUAUAAAUAAUUACAAAUCAGACCCGUCCUUAGCUUGGCAGUACUUCGGUAGCUCGCACGGCAUACUACGCUUUUAUCCCGGCAUGCCCUGGAACAACAGGAAGGUUGUGGACACGUACGAUUGCAGAGUGCAGUCGUGGUACAUUGAAGCAGCUACAUGCUCCAAAGACGUUAUAAUUCUUUUCGAUGUAUCAGGGUCCAUGACCGGAUUCAAAAACUACGUGGCGAGAAGAACGCUCCGUUCACUUCUAGACACGUUAUCCAAUAACGACUACGUAAACGUUUACACUUUCAAAAACAACACAAAAGAAGUAGUCACUUGUUUCGUCGGCCUAGUGCAAGCCACUCCAGAAAACUUAAAGACAAUCACGGACACUUUAGAGCCAAAAGACAACGGCAAGGUCCAUAAAGUGCCUUUGGAAGGCAACGCCAACCUGACUGCGGCUUACAUAAAAGCAUUUACCACUCUCAAGGCGAGAAGGUCCAACUGCAGCGUGAGCAGCACCCAGGGCUGCAACCAGCUGGUCAUGGUCAUCACGGACUAUGUGCCCGGGAACCUCACGGAGGUGUUCGAUGAAUACAACCGGGAGAAGGUGGGCAACGUCACCUACAUCCCGGUCAGGGUGUUCACGUACCUCAUUGGAAAAGAGGUCACUAAUGUCCGGGAGAUACAGUGGAUGGCUUGCUUGAAUAGAGGUUACUUCGUCCACAUUCAUUCUGUAGAAGAGGUGCAGCAGCAAGUAUUGAAGUACAUCAACGUGAUCGCUCGCCCCAUGAUCCUCGCGAAAGACGAACCGCCGCCCACCUGGACCCACGCCAAUAUCGAUUACACGAGAACAUCACUCUGGGGAGUUAGCAGAGACGUGAAAAAGCCUGAUGAGGACAAGUUGGUGACGUCAGUGGCCAUCCCGGCCUUCGAUCACAAGUACAAUGAGGAGCACAACGACGCGAUGCUGCUCGGUGUGGCCGGUACUGACGUGCCUAUCGACAGCAUAGCCAAGCUAGCACAACCACAUCAGCUCGGUGUAAAUGGAUACUCAUUUAUCGUGAGCAACAACGGAUAUCUGCUUCUGCACCCCUUGCUCAUAACAACGAUCAACAACACCUUGCAAGCUAACUACAACAGCGUGGAUUUCGUGGAGGUGGAGCAAGUGGACGACGGAAAUGGCCCGCGAGUCCUCGGCGAGGAGAUUCAGUCGCUGAGGGAGAUGCUGGUCAAUGGAGAAGACGGCAACAUGAGAGACGUCAAGGUUCUCUACCACUAUGAUAGCAUGAGGAGAAUAGCGCGAGUCCAGCACGACUAUUUCUUCAACAAGUUAGAGGGUACGCCGUUCGCGAUGGGCAUUUCGCUGCCCAAAGGCUAUGGAGACACUGAGCUCUUGCUCAAAGACAACCCUUUGGAGGCCAAACAGGGAAAGGAACUUACUGGCAUCAACGUUACUGAUUACUUUAGGUUCAGUUACAGGGUCCACCCUGAUUGGGUUUACUGCAAAUACCACUACCUCGAGGGUCACGAGUCAGAUAAUGCGGAGGAGGAGAUCUGGUCGUUUUUGGUCCGUCUCUCGAACAACGAAGUCGACAUCACUAAGAAGCAAUACAUUGAUGAGGACGACAAACGAAAUUUUACUCUAGAGACUCAUUGUGGCAACGCUACGACUCAGUUGCAAAAAGACGAUUACUAUUGUAAUGAGGAUCUGGUGAAGCAACUGGUGUUUGACGCGAAACUGACCACGCCAUUCUUCAAAGAGUGGAACGCUUCUGACGAGGAGGUGGAACUGACGGCCAAGUACAACGUCAGCGUGAGGUUCAUAGCAACCUCCAGUGGCUUGACCAGGUGGCAUUACAUCUUCGACGAAGACAAGAACGAAGUGGUCGACGAUGAAGGGAACAGAUGGAAGAAUUCUAAAGAAGAAGUUUUCGGUGACAAAUAUUACAACGCUAUCGAAGAGACGUGGUACAAGGCAGCAGUUCUUCAGCACAUGAUCAACAGAGAGUCCAUAGUGAUUUCCACACCGCUGCCAAUCUUAGACGAAAUAGUCCAGAAAGGAAUGGAAUUUGACAAGAAUGGGGACAUAGUCAUGACUGCCAGCUACGCCAUAUUUUACAAAGAUGGAGAUUCUGAAACACCCGCUUCUGUCGUUGGUUUUGAGUUCUCAUUUUUGAGUUUCCAAAAGAGAUUUUUGGAAAUUACUGGAAGAACGUCGGAUGAGCAAUUCCACUGUAACAACCCUGACUACGACUGCUACGUGAUCGACAGUUCGGGCUAUGUAGUCAUGUCCCGCGACAAAGAAGACAUCGGCACAUUCUUCGGCGCCCUUGUACAUAAAGAACUGGGGACUUCAAACGCGCAUUAUGUGCUCGCUUCAUUCCUGAAGAAGAAUGUAUACGACCACGUCGAAGUGUUCAACUACCAAGCCUUGUGUCCGUAUAAGGAGCUGCAGGCGCAAGGAAAUAGCGCUUGGCAGUUUUUGACGCCUUUCAAUAUAGCCACCAGUUUCUUCCGUUGGCUCUUCGCAGAGAUGGUCAUUAUCUUAACAGACUUCCCCAAUUGGAAUUGGAAUGUUUAUGGGAACGUCCUGUUUGAAGAUUAUGAUCUAAACCUGGGAAUCACAGACGAGCCGACCACGACCACCACGCCGCCGCCUCCGCCUGAGGCAGAGAAUAAAGACGGGAAUGAAGAUGAGAGGAAGCCUUUCUCUUGCGACCACCGUAUCAGCUUAUACAUCUUGAACCAGUUGAUGUUCUUGGAUCCAAUGGGGGAGAUUAAAAUGAUAUCGGAGGACGAGCCGGGCGACUGCCACCCGCGGUACUGGGCCACGUAUAUGCCGGAGACGAAUCUAUUGCUGGUGGUGAUCGAGAAUUCGUACGUGAAGUUCAAGGACGACUGCAAUCUGCCGCCCAACACCACGCCGCAGCCGACCAGCAACUCCACGACCAGCCGCGAGCCCUGCCACAAGCUCGACUUGGCCGGGCUCACGAGAAGGCGCCUUGAGGGUUGCUUCACUUACCAUGAUGGGGAAAGAAACAUAACAGCAUGCGGCAUCGGCAGCAUCGCCCGCGCCGACCUGCCAGUGUUCACCGCGUCGGUGCUGAUCGCCACGUUCCUGUACCGACUGCUGGCCUAGGUAGACGGCCUACAGAAUUUGUACCUUUGUUACUUUCGCAAUAAAACUUGUUGCACCUUUCGUCUGUUUA